AUGAAACGAGAACCCUUCAAACCACCCUAUCGAUGGCGGAACGGUGACGAGUCCUCCAGUAAUCCCAAUAGACAAAGUGGCGUCAUCGAUCGGAGACUCAUUGAGGGAGCUCAAGUAUCCUCGCCCUUCUUUGAUCAGUUUCAGAUGAAUGGCGAUGAUGAUGAUGAUGAUGAUGAUGAUGAUGAUAGGCACCGCCGUCAAGGGUUGGGGUCUGGGUCAUUGGAAUUGGAGACGUAUACUGGUAUUGAAGGUGGCGAGGGAGAGAAAUAUGGGAAGGAAGAUGCAGAUGUGCAGUUGGAUGCGUUUGACCUGCAUUUACUUGCUCAGACAGAUCGAGUGAUGCAUAAUGGACGAGACAACAUGCGUGACAAUAAAAAUCCAGAGCAGGUUUCGAGGUUCUUUUCUGGGCCGGACUCUCAUAUCACUUCCCAUCGAGCGAUGGCGUCAAGUUCGUCGGAAGUGGAUGUCAGUUCAAGUCCGUUGGCGAGGUUUCAGCACGGGAGAAGAGAGAAAAAUACGACAGCGGCCCCUGGAACUGAGUUGUCUUCACAGACGGAAAAGUCGCCAUCGUCUCAUUUGGAUGUUGGAGGAAUAGCGGCAAUGGUUGGUCAGAGCCAAUCUCUACAACUGACAACUGCGUCGAUGACACCGUUCCAUAAUAUACCCAUGUCUAUUCGAGGUAUAAUUCUGAUCUCGGUGCACGAGCUUCCGGAUAGCUAUCGGUCGGUGUUCUCUUUCCCGGUGUUCAACGCUAUUCAAUCAAAAUGCUUUCGGGCUAUUUACCAUCAGAACGAUAACGUUGUGCUUGCUUCGCCUACAGGGAGCGGUAAAACUGUUAUCAUGGAGCUGGCUAUUUGUCGCUUGCUUAGUACUUUGAAAGACGAGCGGUUCAAGGUUGUCUACCAAGCUCCGACAAAGUCGCUAUGCUCUGAGAGGUUUCGUGAUUGGAGCAAGAAGUUCAUGACCUUAGGGCUUCAAUGUGCAGAAUUAACUGGUGAUACGGACCAGUCACAACUCAGAAGAAUACAGAGCGCCCAAAUCAUCAUCACAACCCCGGAAAGAUGGGACAGCAUGACCCGCAAAUGGAAAGACCACGCGCGUCUGAUGCAGUUCGUGAAGCUAUUCCUCGUCGACGAGGCUCACAUCCUCAAGGAGACCCGUGGCGCCAUCCUGGAAGCUGUCGUAUCUCGUAUGAAAUCGAUAAGGUCGAGUGUCCGCUUCAUUGCCUUAAGUGCUACCGUGCCGAACUCUGAGGAUAUUGCAACUUGGCUGGGGAAAGACGCGACAAAUCAGCAUAUGCCGGCACAUAGGGAGCACUUCGGGGAAGAAUUUCGACCAGUCAAGCUUCAGAAGUUUGUUUAUGGAUACCAGUCUAACGGGAAUGACUUUGCUUUUGAUAAGGCGUGCAACGGGAAGCUUCUGGGUGUCAUCGGUACACAUUCUUAUCGAAAGCCGAUUAUGAUCUUCUGUUGUACCAGGAACUCUUCUGUUGCUACGGCGAAAGAGCUCGCUCGACUCUGGUCUAUGACCAACCCUCCGGCUAGGCUGUGGAAAGGACCGAGUAAGCGGCUUGAAGUGCAUAAUAUGGAUUUGAAGACCACUAUAGCCGCAGGUGUUGCAUUUCACCAUGCCGGCCUUGAUUCUGCAGACCGCCACACAGUCGAAAAUGGUUAUCUACAAGGGGAUAUCAAUAUCAUAUGUUGUACUUCGACUCUUGCCGUGGGCAUCAACCUGCCAUGUCAUCUAGUCAUAAUCAAAAACACCGUCGGAUGGCAAGACGGCGGCUGCAAGGAAUAUUCCGAUCUAGAGAUGAUGCAAAUGUUAGGCCGCGCAGGCCGUCCCCAAUUCGACAGCAGCGCGGUGGCAGUGAUCCUAACACGGAAAGAACGAGUGGAUCACUACGAAAAGCUCGUAUCCGGAUCCGAGAGUCUGGAAAGCUGUCUACAUCUAAACCUCAUCGACCACCUGAAUGCCGAGAUCGGACUUGGUACGGUGACGGAUAUGGAGUCUGCCGUUCGAUGGCUUGCUGGGACAUUUUUGUUUGUGAGACUCAGGCGGAAUCCAACACACUAUAAGCUGAAAGAGGGUGCUAUUCGAGAUGAUGAAGACAAAAUGCUUCGACAGAUCUGUGAAAAGGAUAUCAAGAUGCUUCAGGAAUGCGGGUUGGUUUCGACGGAGAAGCUUAGAUCUACGCAAUUUGGCGAUGCCAUGGCUCGAUAUUACGUGCGGUUUGAGACUAUGAAGAAUCUCCUUUCGUUAAAGCCAAAGGCCACAAUAUUGCAAAUCCUCUCCAAAAUCGCCGAAGCAGAAGAGUUUCGUGACCUCCGUCUCAAAUCAGGCGAGAAAUCAGUAUACAAAGAAAUUAAUCGAGCCAAUGGCAUCCGCUUCCCGGUCAAAGUCGACAUCGCCCUUCCCGCUCAUAAGACCUCGCUACUCAUCCAAUCUGAGUUAGGUGGUGUGGAUUUCCCAGAUGGCGACCAAUUCCAAAAGCACAAGUUCCCAUUCCAGCAGGAUAAGAACUUUGUCUUCACGCAUGUCAACCGGUUAAUUCGCUGCUUGAUCGAUUGCCAGAUCUCCCUCGAGGAUUCCGUUGCUGUUCGGAACGCACUGGAGCUCGCCAGGGGCCUGGGUGCUAAGGUCUGGGAUAAUUCGCCAUGGCAAAUGAAGCAACUCGACCAGAUUGGAACCGUUGCUGUAAGGAAGUUUGCAGCGGCUGGAAUUACCAGUAUCGAAGCUCUGGAGUUUACCGAAGCGUACCAGAUUGAUAUGGCUCUGAGUAGAAACCCGCCCUUUGGGUUGAAGCUUUUGGCUAGGGUUGCGGAGUUUCCGAAGUUGCGGGUUUCUGUGAAGAUGAUGGGGAAGGAUCGCAAACCUAUGAGUUCUGUCAAAAUUCGCUUCAAGGCAGAAGUGGCUUUCAUAAAUGAGAAAUUACCGACUUCCUUUCAGAGACGUACUGUCUAUGUUUGUUUUUUGGCCGAGACUUCGGAUGGUCGUAUGAUUGACUUUCGCCGCUUGAACGCGAGUAAGCUUCAAAAUCAUCAUGAGAUACUGUUGAGUGCGGAUUUGCAAAGCGGAGAGCAGUACAUCGUGUGCUAUGCGAUGUGUGAUGAUAUUGCUGGAACGAUGCGGUCUGCGGAGCUGAAGCCUGAUCUUCCGGCGUCCUUGUUUCUAGCGCGACCUGAAGAAAAGAAGACACAGGGCGCUUUGGAGGAUGAACCAAGGAUGGAUGCCUCUGAACUACCCCGUAGCGAAGGGGCUUCCAACCAACCAACUGAAAUUGAUGACCUCUUGGAUGGAAUGAACGUGAAGGAAAUCCUAAAAGCAGACCAGGGUAUUGAGGUAGAGGAGAUCGACUGGCCCACUGUAAUCGCAGAAAUAUCACCUCAGAAUAAGCCGCGUGGUAAGGCCAAUAAGCCUGAGAAAACAAAGGAUCAAGCCCCAGAAGUUGUCGGAGAAGAACCAGUUCGUCUCGAGAAUGGUAAAUGGGCAUGUAACCACAAGUGCAAGGAUAAGAAAAUGUGCAAACACCUCUGCUGCCGAGAUGGACUGGACAAGCCCCCCAAAGCUGGCAAGAAGCAGAAUGCAGCCGCGAGCCAGAAGAAAGACGAGUUCAACCAGUUGAAAUUGUCAGCUAGUAUCGCCAAAAAGAGCGCACCUGCUACAAUCAGCACUAAGGUAUCCGGCCGAGAGAACAAAGGGGAUAAGACUGAUAUAAAGAGCACGCAAGUGUCAUUGAGGAAGUCGGCACUGGAGUCGAAGCUCAUGGAAGUCGAAUCACCAAACCCUAUCAUUGUAUCUUCGGGUGUAAAGAGGACGCAGUCGAGCGAUUAUGGGGAUGAAGAUUUCGACGAUCUACCUUCUCCAUCAGCACUGUUGAAUGGGGAUGUUAGCAUCGAAACGGAUGAUGAGAAUAAGGAAGAGAAGAAAGCUCGACAAGACGAGGAGAUUGACAAGAACGUUUUUGACUGGGAUGAUUGGAUUGAGAUCGACGAACCUGUUGAACCUUUCACUCCGAAGCAGAACGGGACGAGUGCGCUUCAACAAAUUGACCUGACGGUACAAUCUCCCAGCACACUUGCAUCGACUGGGGAGGAAAUGGUCCCAGACAGUCGAGCCAUGUACUCGUUUCAGGAUGUCGAAUAUUGCCAGCCAUCAAAGCGGACCGUGCCGUUUGUGGAUGAAAAUAGACAUCCCCUCAAAAGAACGAAGACGAAGAUACAACGCGAAUCAUCCCCUUUAUCUCAUGAACAAGGAGGGACAAUCCUGGUUGAGCGGCACGGGGAGAAUUCCGGUUCCGGCAUCAACAAACCGUUUAGUCCACCAAAAGACUGGGAAGACAUCGACCCGUUGUUGCUGGAUGAGUUUAAAGAUAUUGUCAAUUUCUUCUGA